GCCACCGGGGCGCAGCAGUAGCGCAGCUUUGUGACGCUCUCCAACGUCUGUGUUAUGAGACCUAUUUCGUGGGGUAUCUUGGCUCCACGUUGGUUUUUCCAGCAGGGUGACACGAGCUGUCCGCGAGCUGUGACGUUGGGGACACCGACACGUCUCUUCGGCUGAAUAAGAAUAAAGAGAAACAACUUUCUGGCGUCCUGUGAGCGAAAAAUAAUAAUGUUUCCAGCGAGCAGAUACUCGAGUAAAGCCCACAGGUGCAUCAGGGCACUGAAGACGGCGCAGGGAGAGCAUGCUGCCCCUCCGCUGUACACGACACUAAACAGACGGGCGUGCUCUUCGGUGUCAACACCCCGCAUCACCACACACUACACCAUCCAUUCCCGGGAUAAAGAUCCAAGAUGGGAAGGGAUCGAAAUGGAGAGGUUUGCCGAUGAGGCAGAUGUGGUGAUCGUAGGUGGGGGCCCUGCCGGUCUUUCAGCAGCCAUUCGUCUGAAGCAGCUAGCCAAUGAACACGAGAAGGAGCUGCGAGUGUGCCUCGUGGAGAAGGCCUCUCAGAUUGGAGCACACACCCUGUCAGGAGCCUGUCUGGAGCCCACUGCCCUUGACGAACUCAUUCCAGAUUGGAAGGAACGAGGGGCACCUUUGAACACACCAGUGACUGAAGAUGUGUUCAGCAUUUUAACGGAGAAAUACAGAAUCCCUGUCCCCAUUUUGCCAGGGCUGCCUAUGGGAAACCAUGGUAACUACAUCGUGAGGCUGGGGAACUUUGUGCGCUGGCUCGGGGAGCAGGCCGAGGAGCUGGGAGUGGAGCUGUACCCUGGUUAUGCUGCAGCUGAGGUUUUGUUUCACGAAGACGGAAGUGUAAAAGGAAUUGCCACCAAUGAUGUAGGCAUCGCCAAAGAUGGCUCCCCGAAGGAUGUUUUCGAGCGAGGAAUGGAGCUCCACGCUAAAGUCACAAUGUUUGGAGAGGGCUGCCACGGCCACUUGGCCAAGCAGCUUUACAAGCAAUUCAACCUGCGGGAGAACUGUGAACCCCAGACCUACGCCAUCGGCCUGAAGGAGGUGUGGGCGAUCGAUGAGAAGAAGUGGAGGCCGGGCCGAGCGGAGCAUUCUGUGGGCUGGCCCCUGAACAGACUCACAUAUGGAGGAUCCUUCCUGUACCACCUGAAUGAGGGAGAGCCGCUGGUGGCGUUGGGCUUUGUGGUUGGUCUGGACUACACCAACCCGUACCUGAGCCCCUUCAGGGAGUUCCAGCGCUGGAAGCAUCACCCCUUCGUGGCCGCCACGCUGGAGGGCGGCAGCAGGAUCGCGUACGGAGCCCGAGCGCUGAACGAGGGCGGAUCGCAGUCCAUCCCAAAGCUGACUUUCCCCGGAGGGCUGCUGAUUGGCUGCAGCCCCGGCUUUAUGAACGUGCCAAAGAUCAAAGGCACCCACACGGCGAUGAAGAGCGGCAUGCUGGCCGCGGAGGCCGUGUUCCCCAAAGUCACCGCCGAGGGCCUGGAUUCAGAGACGGCAGGCCUCCAUGCGCCCGAGUACGCUGAGACUUUGAAGAAGUCGUGGGUGUGGAAAGAGCUUCACGCGGUCCGAAACAUCCGGCCGUCCUUCCACAAUUACUUUGGCCUGUACGGCGGCAUGGCCUACACCGGAGUCUUCUACUGGAUCUUCAGAGGGAAAGAGCCAUGGACACUCAAACACUGUGGCCUCGACGCAGACCAGCUGAAACCGGCCAAAGAGUGCACGCCGAUCGAAUACCCGAAGCCCGACGGCAAGCUCAGCUUUGACCUGCUGUCCUCUGUGGCCCUGAGUGGCACCAACCACGAGGGGGACCAGCCCGCCCACCUGACCCUCAAGAGUGACAGCGUCCCGGUCCAAAGGAACCUGGCCAUAUACGACGGACCUGAGCAGCGCUUCUGCCCCGCAGGUGUGUACGAGUACGUUCCCCUAGAAACGGGAGACGGGAUGAGGUUGCAGAUUAACGCUCAGAACUGCGUCCACUGUAAGACCUGCGACAUCAAGGACCCGAGCCAAAACAUCAACUGGGUGGUGCCCGAGGGCGGCGGCGGACCGGCCUACAACGGGUUGUGAACAUUGUGUUUUUUAAGAAAGAGAACUGAUCGCAGCACUCGCCAGUUAUGGCCAUCAAGUCAGAGUACGCAACAGAGAAUAAUCUAUAUAGCGGUUUGCGAGCAUCAAGAAAAUCUCAAAAGCAUUGAUAUUAAAAGUGUAUUAGGUUUUUAACAGUUGGUUAGUUUAAAAAUGAAUGUUAUGAUACUGGACCGUAUAAUAAAGCUAGGUCAGUUUCCAAGUUUGUUGCUGUAAACAACUGCUGUAAAAUCCACAAUGGGCAUUUAAAGUGGCUACUUGCUUUAACAGUUAAUAUAUAUAUUUCCUUCCAAGACCUUUCUGUAAAUGAACAAGGCGUUUUCAAACGAAGGUUUAUAUCAGCAUUUAUUCUAGGUAUGUUUGGACAGCAUUUCAUCCACACAGUAUUGUACAUUAAAUGAUAACAUCGCAGUAAUGAAUAAAGAACUCUUGAAAAGGAUCA